AUGACAAAAGGAGAGUUUCUUUACGAAUGGGACUGCCUGGGUGGCGAGUUAACUCCUGCGAUAGCAGGUCAAGAUUCAAGCGUCGCGCCAUGCCAACGAAGCACCCCCGAGUCCGCGUUUCCCACGCUCAAAGAUGCAUACGGACAUCAGCUCCCAUUUCCCCCAGGGCUAGACCCUCAUGCAAGUCGCCUAGAUCAUGUACAUCAGCAGGACCCGCUCGAUUACGGCCAAACAUAUACCAACGAUCGAAUGGAUUUCAAUCCCCGGACCCCACCGACCGGAUACCAGCAGCUUGUCCCUCACCGAGUGGAUGAUGGUAUAUACCCAGGUGCAGGAACAGUGACAGAUGACAAGGCAAGCAGUCCGCCCGAAUGGAGCCCGGGAAUGCAGUACAAGGUAGCCAGAGACACAACCGGUCGCAGAACAGGGUCUGCCAGCAUAUCCGACCGUAGCGAUGUCACUAGCUCGUCAAGAAGUGAUGUAUCCAUUCCCGAAAUCCACGUCGAGGAUCUGCAGGGAUUGAGUCUCGGGGAUCAUCCAGCCUCGCAUAUGCUGCUGCCCUAUGGGGCCAGCAGUCAUAGUCACUGCAAUGAUUCCAUUUCCGGGGAUACCCAACGAAAAAAGCAUGACAGAAAGGUGCAAAAGUCCUUGGAACCUGCAUACGUGAUCCCCGGCAGUAGCGGCGAACAUGACACACUGGAUCCUCGCUACAAGAGGCAGAGCGAUCCUCGGAGAUUUUUCCGAGUUGGCAGGGUCUUUUCGAUGCUCUGGCAUGAGAAUGCAGGCUGGCAUGGAACUAUCGUCAGCGAGAAGCUUCCCCCAUCGUCAAGCCCUUUCACACGGGGCAAGUAUCAAGAGCCCAUAUACAGUAGCAUCCGACGCAUGGUAGUGGUCAAAGAGCAGAAGGGCUGCUGCUGGUGUGUACCCAUCACUACCUAUAGUGGCCAAGGCGUGGCGAAAGCCGGGGUUGACCGCAGCAAACAUGCCGUCAUUCACAUGCGAGGCGAUAGACCUCGAACUGUGAAAUCCGAGCCCCGGAUGGCCAAAGAGCCUCUCGAGGUUGAUCCUGCCAGGCCUGAUCAGAAGCUAGAUUGCAUGUCCCGAGUGAACUUUGGCAAGGUUUAUACCGUCGAGCACAAUGUCAAAGUCCUCCCCGUGGGCAAGAUCACGGAAGCGUCUCGGGCGAGAUUCCUAGAAUACGCUCAGGGUGAGUUUAUCAACUAG